AUGAUCAAAAUCUGUCAAAGAUCGUUCAGCGGUUCUUCGCGGCAUUUGUUUUUGAAAAAGCUGCAACAACAUGUCAAUAACACUGCACCGAAGGAGCACGUUGUGAAAGAGCUCUUGAAGCCUGUUGGGCUUGAUGUGGCACCGAGGGCUUCAACCAGAUACCGUGAGGGUAACAGUUUCAAGGAUAUGUUCAAUGAUGCUAAGACGAGCGAAAGAGCCAGAGAAUUGGAGGUGGAAUUUAGCCGGGGUGGAUUUUACGAUGUCUACACCUUUAGAAAGACGAAAGGCAAGCUUUUCUUGUCACCUGCGUCGUAUUGGCGUCAAGACAAGGCGCUUUACUUCCCGCACAUCCAAGGCCGUUCUCUGGCUGACAGCAAAACCCAGAACGUGGAGGACAGUUUACGUGGGAAAGUUUCGGUUGUGCGUGCUUUCACAAGUGAGGUCGGAGAAACGUUAGGCAGGUCAUAUUUUGAGCAUGAUGGGAAAAACUAUUUGCAAUGUGAGGACGGAUUCCGGGGCGCACAAAUCGUCGAGGUCAAUUUAACUGAAAAUUUCUUGAAAUCGCUGAUCGUAAAGUUGUCGUUGGCAUCGCUUCGACAGUACGUUCCUGGUGAGCGACACGAUCGUUAUUUCAUAUGUCGUCGCGACCAACUGCCGUUUGAGACGCGCGACAAGCUUCAAAUGAACAAUUUAUUCACGAGUUACAUUUUUGUUGUGGAUCCAGAUCUGAAGAUCAGAUGGAUGGCAUGCGGUGGGGCGGACGACAAAGACCGGGAGUUAUUCUCGAAUUGUGUCAAGGGCGUUGUCAAAGAAUGUUCGAAGCCAUGA